AUGGGUCAGAGAGCGGGGAGAAUAAAGGAGGAGCGUCUCCUCCCCGCCCGACGGAAGGAGGAGCGGACGACGCGGCCGCCGAGAGGGUACGUGCCGGUGCUGGUCGGCACGGACGAAGGGGGGAAGGAACACAUCAGCCUCUUCGGCCACCACGCCGUCGCUGCCCUGCUGGAGAUUGCGGCGCAGGAGUUUGGGUACCAGGCUCAAGGGGUCCUCAGGAUACCCUGCUGCGCUGACCUGUUCCGCCGGCAGGUCGGCGUAGCUUCCGGGACUUAG